GACGGUUGCUGAGCGGGGCCGGGCUCCGGGUCGUGGCGCCCGCCUCCCGCCCGACCGGGUCUCAUUAACCCGCAUCUGGCUUGUCCGGAGGGAACUCACCCGAAGCCGCGCGGGACGGGCGGGACGGACGGAGAGGGUCCCGUCCCCCGGAGCUGGGAUCAGGUGCCACAGGAUCUUCUCAGGAGGAGACGGACAGAGCAAAGGGGCCAGUGAGAUGGCGGACGAAGCCUUAGCCGGAUUGGAUGAGGGAGCCCUCCGGAAGCUGCUGGAGGUCACAGCAGAUCUGGCCGAGCGGCGGCGGAUUCGAUCAGCUAUCCGAGAGCUGCAGCGGCAGGAGCUGGAGCGCGAGGAGGAAGCCCUGGCAUCCAAGCGUUUCCGGGCUGAGCGGCAGGACAACAAGGAGAACUGGUUGCACUCUCAACAGCGGGAAGCUGAGCAGCGGGCUACCCUGGCACGGCUGGCAGGACAGCUGGAGUCCAUGAAUGACGUGGAGGAGCUGACCACGCUGCUGCGCAGUGCUGCCGAAUACGAAGAACGCAAGCUGAUCCGAGCCGCCAUCCGCCGCGUCCGGGCUCAGGAGAUAGAGGCUGCCACCGUGGCUGGGAGGUUGUGCAGCGGGCGUCUCAACAAGGGCGCACGAGAAGACAGUGAGGGCCGGGCGGCACGCAGGCUGGAGCGGCGGGAGGUGCCAGAGCAAGAGGAACAGCAGACAGCAGAGGUCCUCGAGCCAACCCCAACCCCAGAGGUCAGCAACCAGGAUGUGACCACAGUAACACUCCUGCUGAGGGCCCCUGGUGGGGGCAGCCCCAGCUCACCUGCCUCACCGGAUAGCUCCCCCACCCCUGUCUCUCCCGAGCCUCCACCAGAGCCUGCUGGAGCCCAGGGUUCCCCUGCUGAGGCUCCCAGCAGCCCCAAGCCACCUGCCAGUCCCCCCAGGACCACCGCCAGCCCUGAACCCCGGAAGUCACCAGUCCCUCCCGGCACAGAGAGACAGGUGGUCAACCAGCUCCUGCCAGGCCUUGCAGAACCCCCUGCAGCCCAGGACUCCCCCAGAGGCCCCUCCAACACCAAGAGAGCAGACCUGGCUGCACCCCGACCCUGCCAACGCUCCCUGUCCGUACUCAGCCCCCGCCAGCCAACCCAGAACCGAGAGCCCACCCUCCUCACCCCCGGAACUUCUCCGUUCCAGCGGGCUGGCUCAGUGCGGGACCGCGUCCGCAAGUUCACCUCCGAUUCUCCCACAGCUGCCAGACUCCAGGACGGCCCACCCCGGGCUGCCCUUGGGCCCCAGACCCCUGCAAAACUCCUGGGCCCCUCCCUCAUCAGCACCACCCCUGCCUCCUCCUCCAACCGCUCCUCCUCCUCCUCCUCUUCCACCUCCCGAUUCAGCAAGGAGCAAGGAGGAAUAGCCCGGCCCCUGGCCCAGCUUCAAAGCUGCCCCCGAGAGGAGGGCCCGCAGGGGCGGGGCUUGGCCGCCAGGUCCCUUGAAAACAGAGCAGGGGGGCCCGUGGCCUCCCCAGAAGAGCCCAGUGCCCCGCUGCCUGUGGCUGUCGGCACCACUGAGCCGGGGGGCAGCAUGAAGACCACGUUUACCAUCGAGAUCAAGGAUGGCCGUGGCCAGGCUUCCACGGGCCGGGUCCUGCUGCCCACGGGCAACCAGAGGGCAGAACUGACACUGGGGCUGCGGGCGCCCCCCACCCUGCUCAGCACCAGCAGUGGAGGCAAGAACACCAUCACCCACAUCAGCGGCCCUGCGGCCACCCUGACCCGGCUGGGCAGUGUCACUCAUGUCACCAGCCUCAGCCAUGCCUCCCCUGGUAACCGAGGAGGCUGCAGCAUCAAGGCGGCUGAGGAUGCCGGGACCCCCGUGGCCCACCCACCUGCCUUCAGCACCCGCCGCCGCUCCUCCAGCGGCCCCUCCCGCAGCAGCAGCCUCAUGGAGCCAGCGCCAGCUGAGCCUCCCUCGGUGGCCGUGGAAGCAGCCAAUGGUGCAGAGCAGACCCGCGUGGAUAAAGCAGCGGAGGGGCGGACCCCCCUGAGUGCCAAGGAGCUGGCGGCUAUCGAGGAUGAAGCUGUCCUGGACAAGAUGCUGGAUCAGACCAUGGACUAUGAAGAACGGAAGCUCAUCCGGGCGGCGCUGCGGGAACUCCGACAGAGAAAAAGAGACCAGAGGGACAAGGAACGGGAACAGCGGCUGCAGGAGGCCCGGGCCCGGCCAGGGGAAGGCCGAGGCAACACAGCCACUGAGACCACCAUGCGGCACAGCCAGCAGGCAGCCGAUGGCUCAGCCGUAAGCACCGUGACCAAGACCGAGCGGCUCGUCCACUCCAACGACGGCACCCGGACGGCCCGCACCACCACGGUGGAGUCAAGUUUUGUACGGCGCUCGGAGAAUGGCAGUGGCAGCACUAUGGUGCAAACCAAGACCUUCUCUUCCUCCUCCUCCUCCUCCAAGAAGAUGGGCAGCAUCUUCGAUCGCGAGGACCAAGCCAGCCCGCGGCCUGGCAGCCUUGCAGCGCUGGAGAAACGCCAGGCAGAGAAGAAAAAAGAGCUGAUGAAGGCUCAGAGUCUGCCCAAGACCUCGGCAUCCCAGGCGCGCAAGGCCAUGAUUGAGAAGCUGGAGAAGGAGGGCGGCACCGGCAGCCCUGGCACACCCCGUGCAGCCGUGCAGCGCUCCACCAGCUUCGGAGUCCCCAACGCCAACAGCAUCAAGCAGAUGCUGCUGGACUGGUGCAGAGCCAAAACCCGCGGCUACGAGCACGUGGACAUCCAGAAUUUCUCUUCGAGCUGGAGCGACGGCAUGGCCUUCUGUGCCUUGGUGCACAACUUCUUUCCCGAAGCCUUCGACUAUGCUCAGCUCAGCCCCCAGAACCGACGCCAGAACUUCGAGGUGGCCUUUUCGUCCGCUGAGAUGCUGGUGGACUGCGUGCCCCUGGUGGAGGUGGAGGACAUGAUGAUCAUGGGCAAGAAGCCCGACCCCAAGUGCGUCUUCACCUACGUGCAGUCGCUCUACAACCACCUGCGGCGCCACGAGCUGCGCAUGCGCGGCAAGAAUGUCUAGACCGGCCCGGUUCGGUUCCCCCACACCCCCUGACGCGUGUUCGGGGCCAGCUGCCGCCCCCACCCUCCUGGCACCGUCCCCGCCCUCCGCCAGCUUCGCCCACCGCUGCCCUGUCUGUCGCGACACCCUCCCCCGCAAACACACGCAGCAGCGUUUUGAUAAAUUAUUGGUUUUCAACGA